AAAAGCUUUCACUCACUUCGUCGUUCAUCUAAGCUUGGAUUCUGAAAUCUCUAAUAUCACAAAUGGAGCUCAACUUUUCGUCCAUGGCUAUAGCCAACAACAACAAAAUCCCUUCUUUCGGCCUUAUACCCACUCGAACACUCUUAAGCCCAUCAAAAUCUCUGUCUUUGGCUUCUCAUCAUCAGCUUCCCAGAGUUUCACUCUCUCUUUCUUCUACCGAUUCUCUCAAGCUAAUGACUUCAAGAAAGGUUAUAGCAAUGGCUACGGCAAGUUCCAGAGACUUGGAGAUGUUGAAUUUAACGGCACUAUCGCCUCUGGAUGGACGUUAUUGGGGGAAAGUUAAGGAAUUGGCCUCUUCUAUGAGCGAGUUUGGCUUGAUCUAUUUCCGAGUACUUGUCGAGAUCAAAUGGCUUCUUAAGCUUUCAUAUAUUCCUGAAGUCACCGAAGUUCCAAGCUUUAGUAAAGAAGCUGAGAAGUACUUGCAAGGCAUAAUAGAUGGAUUUAGCAUUGAUGACGCGUUGGAAGUUAAGAAGAUCGAGAAAGUAACUAAUCACGAUGUGAAAGCAGUGGAGUAUUUCUUGAAACAAAAGUGUGAAUCGCAUCCUGAGAUUGCCAAGGUUCUUGAGUUUUUCCACUUUGCUUGCACGUCUGAGGACAUCAACAAUCUUUCCCAUGCUUUGAUGCUUCGAGAAGCACUUAGUACAGUUAUACUUCCAGCCAUGGAUCAGCUGAUUAAAUCAAUCUCUCUGAUGGCUAAGGAAUUUGCAUAUGUUCCUAUGCUUUCACGAACUCAUGGUCAGCCAGCUUCACCUACAACUUUGGGGAAGGAAAUGGCGAUUUUUGCUGUGAGGUUAAGCGAAGAAAGGAGAUAUCUUUCAGAAACUAAGAUUAAGGGGAAAUUUGCUGGUGCUGUUGGCAACUACAACGCCCAUAUGUCCGCAUAUUCUAAUAUUGACUGGCCUCAUGUUGCAGAGGAGUUUGUUACUUCUCUCGGAUUAACAUUUAACCCAUACGUCACUCAGAUUGAACCUCAUGACUACAUGGCUAGACUUUUUAAUACAAUUAGCCAAUUCAACAAUAUCUUAAUUGAUUUCGACAGAGAUAUAUGGAGCUACAUUUCUCUGGGGUACUUUAAGCAGAUUACUAAAGCUGGUGAAAUCGGAUCAUCGACAAUGCCUCACAAAGUGAAUCCUAUUGACUUUGAGAACAGUGAAGGGAAUCUAGGAAAAGCAAACGCAGAGCUUACUUUCCUCAGCAUGAAGCUUCCCAUUUCAAGAAUGCAGCGAGACUUGACCGAUUCAACAGUCUUGAGAAACAUGGGUGGAGCUUUAGGACACUCUCUUCUCGCUUACAAGAGUGCAAUACAGGGAAUUGGGAAGCUUCAGGUUAACGAAGCUCGGUUAAAAGAAGAUUUGGAUCAAACUUGGGAAGUCCUCGCUGAACCGAUACAAACUGUGAUGAGGAGAUAUGGUGUUCCAGAGCCAUAUGAGAAGCUGAAGGAGCUAACAAGAGGAAGAGCUGUGGAUGAAGAAAGCAUAAGAGAGUUUAUUAAAGGUUUGGAUUUGCCAGAAGAAGCAAAAUCUCAACUUUUGAAGUUAACUCCACACACAUAUGUUGGUGCUGCUGCUGCAUUAGCUUUGGCCGUCGAUGAAGCUGUGCAUUUGGGACCUUGAUGAUGAUGAUCAAGUUGGUGAUAAGAUUUUGUUGUUGUAUUAUUAUUAUUUUUCCAAAUCAAGUGGGAAGGAAAGAAAAAUUUGAUAGAAUGAUGAUUUGUACAUCGCCGUUUAGAAUGGUGAGAAUAAUUUUGUACUCUACUGUUGAGUUAUAUGUUUUCCAAUUUCAGA